GCGCGCGGUCCUCCGCGUCGGCAAAAACUAUCACAGAGGCCCGAUACCAUCUGUAAUCGGCAUAAUUCAAUAUACCCGAGGCUCAUCCAAUUAUGUGGUUGUGAACCUUCGCGCGGCGCCCUCUCACACAAGACGCUCGCGCCCCGCGCGGCGCGGCGUUUUCGCCGUGUAAUUAUUGUUGUUUUGAAUAAUUUCCUCAUCAAAGUUUGGUUAGAGCCCAUGCUAGGUUUUGAACUGAUUAGAUAGUAGGAACGAAAAAUUUAUAUUAUGGAGUACGGAUACUUAAGUGGAGCCGGCGGUGGGUUUGAUGGCGCUUGCUUGGGCACUGGAAGUGGUGAGCUAUCAUGGGGCGAGUUAGCCUCGUGCGGGCAGAUGUCGCAGGCUGCCUACCGGUACCAAGGCAUGCGGUAUCAGCCUCCUCCUCCACAGUGUGCACGACCACAAGACGCCGCUAUGAGGAAUCACCACAUUUUCCCACCAUCCAUGAACUUACAGCCGGGUCUGCCAUACAAAGUAUAUGGAAGUCACGAAGGAUCACUAACGGAGAAACGGAAGCAGAGAAGAAUCCGAACGACUUUCACUUCAGCACAACUUAAGGAGCUAGAACGAGCUUUCCAGGAGACGCACUAUCCUGAUAUCUACACAAGAGAAGAGAUCGCUAUGAAGAUCGACCUCACGGAGGCAAGAGUUCAAGUGUGGUUUCAAAAUCGGCGUGCAAAGUUUCGUAAGCAAGAAAGACUGGCUCAGCAGAAGGCGGGUGAGGCUCCAGUGAAGGCAGAGGGCAAGAGAGACAAACCCUCGUCACCGGCGCCAUCACCGCACCCAGCCCCUUCCGCCCCUGUCCCGCAACCCGCCCAUCACGCACUGCCGCACCUUUCACCACCAGACUUGAAACCUAUCACAUCUGCAGCAAACAAAUUAUGCGAAGAAUUAAACGGCGUUGGUGGAGUGAAUGAACUGCCCCCGGUGAGUGGUACCGGCGGAAAAUGGACUGGAGGAUGCGGUCUCCUGCGACAACCCUCAGGCUUCCCGCUCCUGGCGCCCCACAACUAUUUACUCUCUGAUCAUCUCGGUACCCUGGCUAAGACGAACAAUCACCUUUUCUAAUGGAAAUCUUACAUCUAGUCAGUAUUCUUACUAGAAAAGCAAUGUGCUACCACGCACUGGAGCGUUGCUUCUUAUUCCGAACAGAGCUGCGGAAAUGUUAUUAGCCAAAUAUAAUAUAUAAAUAAAACAUACAUAGUCAUCACAUAAAUGAAAUGAAAUGAAAUGUUUGGUUUCUUUUUAAGUGGAUCGUAUAGUAUCCAAACACUACGGGAUUUGAAUUCCAUCAUAAUUUCCACAAAGCCAGAAUCUAUGCCAGAAAAUAUGAAUGGGAUGUCAUUGAAGUAUUAAACUGAACAUUCCAUCCGUACCAUCCGGUUUGGGAAUGAGCUCCCCUCCACGGUGUUUCCCGAGCGCUAUGAUAUAUCCUUCUUCAAACGAGGCUUGUGGAGAGUACUUAACGGUAGGCAGCGGCUUGGCUCUGCUCCUGGCAUUGCUGAAGUCCAUGGGCGACGGUAACCACUUACCAUCAGGUGGGCCGUAUGCUCGUCUGCCUACAAGGGCAAUAAAAAAUAUAAUUCGACGCUUGAAAGGCAAACGUGACUAAGCGACAAUAACUGCUUUGUACAUAAAUGAUAGGCAAUAACCAUAUUCGAUACGCAAAAAAUAUAUAUUUCUAGGUCUAUUAAAAUCAUUUCAAUCCUACAGCUAUUAGCUAGAUUCUACUACAGCUAGAUUCGUUAAAAUAAAUUUUGUUUUCAGGUAUUUCAACUUUAAAUUAGUCUACUGUAAAGUUCACGCAUUGUCGCUUAGUCA